AUGGAUGGGUAUAAGGUGCGGUACUCAGGAAGUGAUAAACAUCAAAAUGGAGUAGGGAUCUUACUUGAUGAGGAGCUUAGAGAGCAGGUGGUAGAUGGUAAGAGGUCUAGUGAUAAGCUAAUGACGAUUAAGUUGGUCAUUAAGGGGUUUACAUUGUAUGUGUUUUAUGUUUAUGAUCUGCAAGUAGGCUUGGCAGAGGAGGUGAAAGCGAGAUUUUGGGAGGCUUUAGAUGAGGCGGGUUAUGAUGAUGUACAUGGAGGUUUUGGUUUCAAUGAUAGAAAUGAUAAAGGAUAUUCUCUGUUGGAUUUUAUGAAAGCCUUUGGGAUGGUGGUGGUAAAUUUGAACUUUUCGAAGAAGAAGGAUCACCUGAUUAUAUUCCGAAGUAGGAUAGCCAAGAACUAG